GGACGCCCCCUCAGAUGAAUGGAGCCGGGGAUGACUGAGAACUACAGCUCUUGGGCUGGUCGCGUCGGUGGCGGCCGCGGAAGAAGAGUGGACAGAGACGGCCCUUGAGCAACGAACAGCGGGAGGUGGUGAUGUUCAGUGAGGGCUUCCUAGGAUAGCGAUCUGGAAGGGCGCUCUGCGCGCUCGCACCCUGUGCCCCGCACCGGCCAUGCGCCCGGCCUUCGCGGUGGGCCUGGUGUUCGCAGGCUGCUGCAGUAAUGUGAUCUUCCUAGAGCUGCUGGCCCGGAAGCACCCAGGAUGUGGGAACAUCGUGACGUUCGCACAGUUCUUAUUUAUUGCUGUGGAAGGCUUCCUUUUUGAAGCUGACUUGGGAAGGAAGCCACCAGCUAUCCCACUAAGGUACUACGCCAUCAUGGUAACCAUGUUCUUCACUGUCAGCGUGAUGAACAACUAUGCCCUGAAUCUGAACAUUGCCAUGCCCCUGCAUAUGAUAUUCAGAUCAGGCUCUCUGAUUGCCAACAUGAUUCUAGGAAUUAUCAUUUUAAAGAAAAGAUACAGUAUGUUCAAGUACACCUCCAUUGCCCUGGUGUCUGCAGGGAUAUUUAUUUGUACUUUCAUGUCAGCAAAGCAGGUGACUUCGCAGUCCAGCUUGAGUGAGAAGGAUGGAUUCCAGGCAUUUGCAUGGUGGUUACUAGGCAUCGGGGCACUGACUUUUGCUCUGUUGAUGUCAGCGAGGAUGGGCAUAUUCCAAGAGACUCUAUACAAACAGUUUGGGAAACACUCCAAGGAGGCAUUAUUUUAUAAUGUAAGCAACUUCUGGAACCCUGGGAAGCACGCCCUUCCACUUCCUGGUUUCAUCUUCUUGGCCUCUGAUAUUUAUGACCAUGUUGUUCUGUUCAAUAAGUCUGAACUCUAUCAAGUUCCAGUUAUCAGUGUGGCUAUGCCCAUCAUGUGGUUCUACCUCCUCAUGAAUGUUGUGACUCAAUACGUGUGCAUCCGGGGUGUGUUCAUCCUUACAACAGAGUGUACCUCCCUCACCGUCACGCUGGUUGUGACUCUGCGCAAGUUCGUGAGCCUCAUCUUUUCUAUCUUGUACUUCCAGAACCCGUUCACUCCAUGGCACUGUCUGGGCACCCUGUUUGUCUUCAUUGGGACCUUAAUGUACACAGAGGUGUGGAAAAACCUAGGGACCACGAAAAGUCAGCUGCAGAAGGACGACAAGAAGGAUUGAGGUCUGCCUGGGACAGACAGCCUGUGUUAUGUGUUAGAGGCCUCCGGCGCAGGUCUGCUUAUCAUUUCACUUUGGCUCAUGUGAAAUUACCACAGUAUUGAACCCAACAGGCCCCAGAGCACCUCUGAAGGGUGAGACUCAUCUGCUCUUUUCCGGCCACCCAGACAGUGUUUGUAGACUCUGCCUAGGCAUCCCUGAGCUAGAGUAAACAACACAAACACGGCUACCAGGCAGACUAUUGGAUAGCCUCUGCAUCGUGUGCCAGAGCGUCAGAACCACACUUGGUGAAUUCCAGGUCCUCAGAGCUACUUGCUUUCUACCCAUGCGUAGUCUUGGAUAAGGCCACGCCCCUGUGGCUCCUGAUGGUUCCUUUGUUGUGACAGCCAUCACCCUUCUGUCCCUCUUUCCCCUCUCACCCGCCACACUUCGCACUUUACAGUAGAUCUGAUGUUCCAGGCACAGUCAGGCACCGGAUGACCCAGUGGACAUGUGAGAAAUUAGAGCCCAGGAGUGAUGAGGCUGAGCUCCCUCCCGUGUGUCGGGAAAGAAGCAGAGCCCUAGUGAUGUGUGAGUGGAAUGCUGGUGAUGAUGAGCAGAUAGGAGGGGCCCCCUCCCACAUUCCACUUUUUAAAAAAUCAACGCAAGGUUCACAUGAUUCUUUGACCUGCUGCUUUCUGUGCUGAGAGCAGUCCUGCAGUGUUCAUGGCACACUAGACAGGAAGAAAGAUGGGGUGGGUCGAGAAGAGGGAGGCUUUGCCAUCCAUCUCCCACGUGACGCUCCUUAGCUGGUUACAGACAUGGGAUGGGAGUGUAGCCCAGCACAGCUCCCUCCAUCGGUACCCUGAGAGACAGCUGCCCCUGUGAAGCCAGCCACACACUCAUGUAGGUCUCAGAUGUGUCUGUGAAAAGCUGGGAGAACUGGUAAUCAGAAGACUGCUCUUCCUGGUGCUCUGAGAGUUGUCACCUGUCAGGUCACUGAUGAGCAGAUUGAUAUAUAGGUGUGAGUGUGAUGUAUAAAUCAGGUCAAACCCCGCCACCACAGAGUGAGGUCUUGUUUUCCCAUUGAUGUCGGACUGAUCUUGAUGGGUGUGGGUAGGUGAUCUUGAUGCAUGUGAGCAGAACAUGUUUACAUACAGAAACAUGCCUCUUUUCUGCUGAUUGCUCUGAAGGUCUGGUUUUCCUGUCAUGGAUAAUCUUGAGAGUAACCCUGUCAGAUAGCACGUGUGUGUGCUUGUAUGUGCCCUCAGCUGCAUUGUAUGUGAUUGAAGAGCACGGAGGUCCAUGUCGUUUUAGUUCCUCUUUUCUCCACUCAGACCCAGACCGUCAUUAACCUCACCUAGCUCUCUGCUCCUCUGCAAACAGCCAAACUCACUGUUUCUCUUGCAUAUGGACCAAGGCCUUUCAUCCUUUAGCUCUGUGCAGACUGUGCUCUUAAGCUGAGAUGUGGCUUUCCAUGUCUCCUAGGCUCACUCUAGUUCUUAUUCCACUGUCUGAGACACUCUUUGAUGGGUCUGAAGGGCAGCAGGAAAGAGAAGUGCCCUGAUCCUCUGGGGUCCUGGGGAGGGCAGUUAAGACUGCCUUGCUUCUUUGUUACAUUAAGUGGAGGUACUGUUUCUCCACCCGAGUCCCCAGGUUUGCAGACUGACUUGUCAUUCUGGCCGUUGACAACUUCCCAGUGCUGGUAAUGCUCUGUUCUCAAAGAUACCGAACUACAUGUGAACCCCUUCACGGGCCCAGAAGCUCCUUAGCUGCUUUUCAAUAUGUGGGGUCGCUUGGACCAGCAUUGCUAUAAAUACCAAGUGUUAAAUGUCCCCUUAAAAGGCUGGAAUAAAAAGUACUUUUUCCUUCCUGUUUAACAGAAGAAUCUGUCCAUAGGGGCUCCCGAGGCUCUGUUCUGAUUACUCCUAACACGAUAGAACCUUCAGCUACCCAGCACUUUCCUGUCUAUGCCAGUGAGAAGGACUACAGUUUGUAGUUACCUGAGACUGGUUGAUACAGACAGGAUUUAACUGGACCCAUUAGAGUUUCAGAACGUGCAUCCCUCUUAAUAUGAAUACUUUGUGAGUUUCAUUAAAGGAGAUGUAGGGACAAAUAAGAGGUCAGAACACUCACAAAACAAAAUGUACACCUGCAGGAAGAGUACACGAAGGGCCCCAGCCUGCCUCCUCCCACCCUCUGGUUAGAGAGAAGAAAGUGUCCAGCAGACACUGCUUACAGCUUUGUAGAGUUGCCUUUCUAAAGUUUUUGUUUUCAUUUUCCUUGGACACGGUCAUUGCACAUGGCGCUGUGGUGGGACGUUUUCACACAGUUGAGCACGUCCCCACCUUCCCUCUCCCUGCCCUGCUGUCCGCCUGCCAGUCCUCGUUGUUCCGCUGGACAGUUUUCCUCGACCUUCAGAUCACAUAUCCAUCAUGAUUUUAUGUCUCUACACGAAGUCCAGGAACUACAGAUGAGAGAAUAUGAUGUUUGUCUUUCCUACACUAGCUUAAUUUGCUUACCAGGAUCAUCUCCACAUUCAUCCAUAAAAUCAUUCUUUGAAAAACUCGUUCCUCUUGACUGAUUUUUUUUCCAUGCGGAUUGUAAACAUUUUUAAAGGGCAAAUAAGCCAUUUUAUCAAGGCCAGACUCACUGAAUGUAGAGAAAUGUCUACCAAAUGUUGUUGUUCUUUCAGCUUCAGAAACAGCUUCUAGUUUGACUCGAAAGAGCUGAAGACACGUAAACCUGCUUUAGAGGAAGAGUCCAAUAACACAAGCCACUAGCCAGGAAAUGUAGUUCCCUGUGCCCACAUCACAGCCUGACUGGGGUGUUUGGGGAGGUGGUGGGAGAGGACUGUGGGUGCUUGCGUUAUGUUUAAUACCUGCAUAUCCUUUAACCAACAUUCUGUUGUAAAUGCUAACUUUAUCACUUUUAUUAGAAAUGUAAUUUCAGUUUUUGAACUUUUUUCUUGCAGUACUGAGGGUCAAACCCAGGGUCCCAUACAUAUUGUGGAUUCUUUUCUUUUCUUUUCAUCCGCCUAAAACAACCAAUAACCCAUUCGAUGGAUUUAGAGUUCAGUGGAUGCUGGGGUUUGUUGUGUGUUUUCUUUUCCCUUCUUCCUGCCCACUUGACCAAAACACAGCAUAGCUGUUCUCUGCCAGGGUGGUGGGGGCCGCCUGUAGCUCCUCUUCUGGUCUGGGAGGAGUGCAUGGUAGUUCCAGGGGUUCUCAACCUGUGGUCCUUUCCUGGGCCCCUCCCCCUCCCUUCUGGGCUUGGGCUUUGGUUUUGCCCUUUGUUCUUCCUGACUGUACCUCACUCCCUUCCUGCACCUGCAUUCACUGGUGCUGUUUCCUACGCAAUCCCCGUCAUUCUCGCUCGCUCACGCCUCUGUUCUCGGGGGCCUCUUGAUACUUUAUCUUAGGAGUUUUAUAGGUUUUUAUAUCUGUCCAGCAUGUUUUAUUUAGUGUGCCUGUAAGCAUUGCUAGUAAGGGUGCAGUGUACAGGGGAACAGUUGGCAGAGUGCUUAAAGGGAGCAUGAACAUGGGAGCUUUGUCUGAACUGUCUGUAUAGUCUUUCCCAGCUCAGCCCAGGACACAGAAUCCCUGCUACCUGUUCCUUCUUAUUUGGUUCUUUUUAGCCUGGAGAUGGGGAAGUAUGAAGUCAGGGAUAAUUCUGCAUCAGUGAAUUAACUAUGGGUGGUGGACAUGUUAUCAGAGAACCAGUUUGAGUGAACCUGAGCAGAUAGACACAUGUGCUCGGAGAAACCACGUUGUAAAGAUCUGAAACUAAGAUCCUUUCUGUGGCUACAAGUAGAUAAAACUAGGAGGAAUUCUGCUCCUGUUAGAUAAACAAAGCAUUUUGGUCUCAGUUGGCUUUCUGCUGAAAGCUGUUGACUGAAUCUUGUCUGUGGCAGUUCACGCUAACAUCGAGAAAACUGCCAAUAUAGAUGAAAUAUGCUCAUUAUUACUAUUGAUUGGUAUGAUGUUUGGAAAUAAGUAUGAACAAUAUUUAAGUGCAAUAUUUAAGCCUUGGAAUAUAUUUGCUAUGACCAGAGCUAGGAUGGGAGACUAAUGCCUCUCAACUUUACGUUGUAUUCUUUCUUUCUAGAAGUUUCCUUUCUGUAGACAUUCCAGGAAUGGAAGGGGCCGGGAAGCAUGCAUAAUUCAUUUCUGAACUGCCAGCUCCUGGCAUAGUGUCUGACAUGUGUUACAUGAGAAAAUGAAUGCUUGCCAAGGCCUCUUCCUCCCUCUUCAUAAUGGUUCCUUACAGCUAUUCCCAAUUCUCAUUAGCUGGCUGGCAAGAAAGCCAAGGACGGGGAUCUAUCCCAAUGACUCCAAACACAAAAAGGAAUGGGAGCAGUUCUUGGGGAUGGCUGUAGAAUGUUACCCAGCUUUUAGCUGCCUUGAUGCCUGGCGGGAGGAGGGAAGAGACUUGAGUGCAUAUUACCAUAUAGAGUUGAUGUUCAGGAAGAAGCUCACCAGGAGGUCGUUAGAGACUCCUAGGGGUUUUGAAGAGGGUGCCUGGUGACUGCCACACUCCCAUGUCACAGUUCCUGAAGUCAGUGUUGCCAACUGCUGCCUGAAGAGCUGUGUGUAUUUGUCUACAUUGAGUAUCACAGACAUCUGCCUCGAGCUUUGCCUACGGAAAUCACCACCAAGGGACAAGCGGCAAAGGAGCCAGAGACAGAAAAGGCCUGGUCUGCACUCAUAAGGCCCAUAUUCGAGGGGAAAACUGUAAUGAUGCCUUUGACAGAUUGAGUUAUUUUACAUCUUUUCUGGGGGGGAGGCAGACUCCUCAAGCAGAGUGGGAGGCAGGGGUUCUUCCCAGCAGCACAAGAAAGCCUUUGUACAUGGCUCACAACCGCGAUCACUCCCAUGCUGUUUGCCUUCUUUCCAGAGAAUAGCCUCAGCUUCCCAAAAAGGAUGAUUUGAAAAGUGACAAAUUAUGGUAGUGAGGGUUUUACUCAUUCAGCCUCUGAGCGCUUCGUUGAAUAUUACAUUUUAAGAACAAAGAUCAGAGAAGGAGGGAGCCCAUAGCAGCCAUGUGUGCAGAACAGCCAGAAGACAUUAGUGAGUAUUCAGACUUUGAGCUGUGUAAAUAUCACACAUCACUCCCAGCCUUAGGAGAUAUUUGAGCAGCUAAGGAGGAAAGGGAGGUUCUUUGAAUAAAACGUUUUGCCAAACUGAA